AUGCGGUACCAGGCCCUUCGGGCGCCAAAACUCGACCGCACAGCAACUUCCUGCACCCGACGUUCCGGACCGCCUCCUGGUCUCGUCCUCGCAGAACGCCAUGAUGCGCCCGCCCAGCCCGCCACCUCGACGCACCGUCGCCAACAUCCCGACCAUCAACCCUUCUUCGCCGCUUGCACAGCCGGUCACAGCGCCGGACGGAGACCACGCGACCACGAGAUUGCUGGCGGAGAUGAGGCUGCUAACCACUGCCGGAUCGGUGCGUGGCAACCUGUCCUCAGGCCGCCAGAGGUCGCCCUCCGCGGCGAGGUAGCAUUCGUUCACCAUGGUUGCGAUGGCAUUGGUGAUGGUGGCGUCGGCGGCCAGAGCGGACCGGCAGAUUUGGAUGGUGACAUCUGA